AGAAUAGAGAACUUUAAAACGCACAUGAAAAUGCAUCCUUCUGAAAAACGUCAUGUUUGUGAAGUGUGCGAAAAACGCUUUACACGAAUUGCUGAUUUAAAAACACACAUUAGAAUACAUACUGCGGAAAAACCUUACAUUUGUGAAAUAUGUAGAAAAGGUUUUUCUCAAAUUAGUAGUUUAAAAUCUCAUAUUAGAAUACAUACUGGAGAAAAACCGUACAUUUGUGAAGUGUGUAGAAAAGGUUUUACCCACAUUCAUCAUUUAAAAUCUCAUCUAAGAAUACACACUGGAGACAAACCGUACAUUUGUGAACUGUGUCAGAAGUGCUAUGCACGAAUUGAUACUUUGAAAAAACACAAGAGAACACAUACUGCAGAGAAACCUUAUGUUUGUGAAGUGUGCGAAAGACGCUUUACACAAAUUGGUGAAUUAAAAACACACAUUAGAAUACAUACUGCGGAAAAACCUUACAUUUGUGAAGUAUGUAGAAAAGGUUUUGCCCAAAUUGGUAAUUUAAAAUCUCAUAUAAGGAUACACACUGGAGAAAAACCGCACAUUUGUGAAGUGUGUAGAAAAGGUUUUACCCAAAUUAGUCAAUUAAAAUCCCAUCUAAGAAUACACACUGGAGAAAAACCGCACAUUUGUGAAGUGUGUAGAAAAGGUUUUGCCCAAAUUACUCAUUUAAAAUCUCAUCUAAGAAUACACACUGGAGAAAAACCGUAUAUUUGUGAAGUGUGUCAGAAGUGCUAUGCACGAAGUGAUACUUUGAAAAUACACAAGAGAACACAUACUGCAGAGAAACCUUAUGUUUGUGAAGUGUGUGAAAAAAGCUUUUCGCGAAUGAGUAAUUUAAAUAUCCACAUAGCAACACAUUCGGCAGAGAAAUCUUAUGUUUGUGAUAUGUGUAAAAAAUCUUUUGCACAGAUGAGUUGUUUAAAAAAACAUAUAAGUAAAACACACUGCUGAAAAACUUUGUUUGUGAAGUGUGUUAAAAAGACUGCACAUUUUCAUUGUUAAAAAAUGCAGAUGAUAACACAUAAAGCAGAAAGAUAUUUCACAAUUUGUGAAUCACAAAUUUGUCAUCUAUGAACACACAUGAGAAUACAUACAGAAGACAAACCGUCUGCUUGUGAAGUUUGUACAAAAGGUUUUACACAUACCAGUCAUUUAAAAAACACACAAAGAUACCUUCUAGAGAAGAAGCCUUAUUAUUGUGAAUUGUGUGGAAAAGGUUUUUCAGUGUUGGUAAUUUUAAUUCACAUAUGAAAAUGCAUAUUUGAAAACCGAACAGAACUUUGAACAGAAAAACAGUAUGCAUGUGUAAAGUGUAACAAAGCAUUUGCACAAAUUGAUAGUUUAAUAAUGUAUCUGAGAAUACAUAUUAUCAUAAAAUGCCUGAUCGUUGCGAGAAUUUCUAGGUUUUUAUGAUUUUAUUUUAUGUAAAUACAUAAUGUCGUAUACGACUUGUAAACAACAAAUGCCAUUCGGAACUUUAUGGUCCUUGCAAAACAACUCAUUAUAACCUAGGCCUCAUAUUUUCUCAGAAAUAAGCUUGAACAUAGCCAUGCAAAGUUGUUGAUUUUCUCUCUACUUUGUCCAAACAAUAAUAAUACAGUUAAAAUAUAUGUUUCCAAAUAGACAGAUUCCAUACCCAUGAAGUAUUGGAGUAGUAUUCAUAUUUAACCUUGUCAUAAAAGGUCAAAAGUUUUAUUUUUUAUGUUUUGGAGAUGGGCAAAGUUAGGCAGAUUUUUUGAAGCAGUAAUGUGUUUCGGGAUUAUCUGAAGCAGUAAUGCGUUUGUAGAUGUCUAUGGGCUCCAGUAGCCACUUAACACCAGGUCGGCUGUGAGCUCGUCCACCCAUCUAAGCAAUAAAAAGAAACAUGUACAUACUUAGAACGAAAUAUUCGAGGGCUGUCAUUAUAGAAAAUAAAACUACAUAUUUGUACGCUGAACUAUAAUGUUUCAUUAAAAUUCAAGAAAUUUCUUUGAUAGAUCGCAGAGUCGUUCGUCAGUUGUUUUUUUUACCUAACGCAUUACUGCUUCAAAUGAUCUCGAAACGCAUUCUCCUCCUCCUCGCGUCGUUUCUCCACUGCUGAGGGUCGUGACCAUUAUAUGUCGUCAGGGUUUUGCUCCUUAUAACGUCCCGCCAGCGCCUCCGAUCAUUGGCCGCAUGAAGGGCGUCGUUGUCGGCAGCGACAAGUCCGGUCCUAUUUGCGAGACAAGGAGACUGCGUUGCUCCAGCCAUGCGGGGCAAUGUGCGAGCGUAUGCUCGACCGUGUUCUCUUUUUUUUUUAUUGCUUGGAUGGAUGGACGAGUUCACAGCCCACCUGGUGUUAAGUGGUUACUGGAGCCCAUAGACAUCCACAACGUAAAUGCGCCACCCACCUUGAGAUAUAAGUUCUAAGAUCUCACGUAUAGUUACAACGGCUGCCCCACCCUUCAAACCGAAACGCAUUACUGCUUGACUUUAGAAAUAGGCAGGGUGGUGGUACCCACCCGCGCGGACUCACAAGAGGUCCUACCACCGUUAAUUAAUGAUAUUGAAUAUUAACAAGCACAUAGAAAUUUCAGUGAUUUCUAAUUAUUUUAAGAAUAUUUUAGGAGUACAACUUUCGUGUUAUAAUGAUACUAUUCAUUACCAUGUAAUAGGAGAUAGUUAUGAUACUUGUAUUUUAUAAUAAAAUUAAUAAUUCCUAAAUUCAUUACGUAGUUCAAAAAAUUUAAAUGUAAUGCACACAAAAUCUGUUUUUCUUGAAAUGAUAAUUAUUUAUAAGUUCAAGAAAUAUAUUGCAGGGUCAUUUAGUAGAAAUUCAUUUAAUAUGGAAGAAUAAACUUAGUAUCUAUUUAAAUACUCUACAGGAUUUUAAUAAAAAAAUUUUUGUCUACAUUAACUUCAUUAUUAGUACCGAGAAGUAUCUUGAUUGAUAUAUAUUACAAGGCUUUGUUUUUUUUUAAUUUAAUUGUUUUUAUGAUCGUUCUAUAACCAAUAGUCGUCGAGCAAACGAUAAUUGAUUAAAAUUAAUUAAUCUGAGCGAUAAAAAUAAAAAUAUCUAGUAAGGGGGCCCAUUUAAGGGUGAUCAUUUGUUUAAUUAAUUAUAUAUAAAUAAAAGACGGACAAACAUUUUUUACAUUCGGACAUUAACGAACAGACGACGAACAAAUAAUAAAAAAUUAAAAAAUUCCAAAAUCAAAAAAUGGGGUCAAAUUGACUGAGCCUAUACAUCCAGUGCGCCCUGUGAGAUAAUGACAUCGAUUCAGCAUUUUGUUCUUUGUGGUGCAGAUUAAUAAUAAUUGGCAAAAGAGACAACUACUUAUAAUUCAUCUGCCAGUUCACAAACAAUGAUCCGGUGAUCAAAUAAAAUAAUUACACAGCUUGUAACUGUAAAGAAAACAAACCUAAAUUACAAGUAGAUGCAGACUCUUUAGAGGAAAUACAUGUUUUUGUUUAUUCUGUGUGUUUUAAGAUCUUUGUUCUUAAAAGAACUUUUUGGCGGGAACGCGAGGAGUGAACUUUGUGAUUUGUUUUAUUUUGUCUAUUUAAUGUUUCUUCAGGUUUAAAUGUGUAAUAAGGGUGGUUUAUUAACUUUUUAAUAUCUGUGAAAGUGCACAAAUGUCGGAAAAUGAAACAAAGCCGCUGGACAUAGCUACUCGAGAUCCUCCAAAAAGUCCACUGAAAAAAUCUCAGUAAAUGACCACCAUUUUACUGAGAUUAUUUUUCAUCCCAUAUCAUCUCAUCUCAUUUCAUUUAAUUUCAUCCCAAUUGAUUAAUGUCUCAAAUUAAUCAUCUUCAUUUUGUGAUAAUUAUGUUAAAUAAUGAAACAUAGUUCUUCGGAUGUACA